AUGGACAUAGUGGCGCACAAGAAAUUCCUCAAGCGUAUUUUAUACGUUUUGCCAGAAGCUUUUGAGGAACUCGAAGCCAGCAGACUUACGUUGCUUUUCUUUGUUCUCUCUGGACUGGAUAUUCUAGACGAAAUCGACAGUUUGUCAGAUGAGGUCAAAACAAAACUGGUUGAUUGGAUUUACUCCCUUCAGAUUACAUGUAAAUCAGGAGAAGAUACGAAUUUAUCCGGAUUUGAAGGAACAUUUAUGAUGUCAGGUCAGCAGGUCAAAAGAUGUAACUCACCCGGAGAUGUUUCGAGGACCUCGACUUUGGAUUCAACCUGUUUGCAAGAGUAUUCGAGCCUUCAGUCAACAAGCACAAGCCACCUGGUGAUGACUUACAGUGCAUUGGUGAGCUUGGCAAUCUUAGGAGACGAUUUUGGGCGCCUUAACCACCGCAGCAUAUUGAGGAACGUGCAAAAAUGUCAGCUCAUGGACGGUAGUUUUCAGGCCAAUCCAAUGGGAAGCGAGAAUGACAUGAGGUUCGUGUUUUGUGCGGUCGCUAUUUGUUAUAUUUUGGAUGACUUUUCACCAUUGAACGUGGAGUCACUGCUCAGCUUCAUGAAGAGCUGCUUGGUAAGUGGAAGCAGCUUCACGAGAGGUUCGACAUACUGUGCCGCUGCUGCUUUGACUUUGCUGAACCAACUGGACGAGUUCUUGAACAGCCGGCAGCGUUCGAAGCUGCUGCGUUGGUGUGUCAUGAAGCAGGACAACGGUUUCCACGGCAGACCGAACAAACCGGACGACUCGUGUUACACAUUUUGGAUCGGCGCUACUUUGCGCAUCCUGAACGCUAUACAGCUGGUCGACCGGGACGCUGUCACUAGUUUCACUCUUUCAACUCAGGACGAGAACGUCGGCGGCUUUGGCAAGUUCUUCGACAGCUUACCGGACGCCCUGCACACGUACCUUAGUUUGUCCGGCUUGGCUUUGCUCGACUACCCGGGAUUGCAGCCGGUGUUUGCACCGCUGAAUGUCACUGUCAGGACGUCGGACCGGAUUUCCUGGUUGCGCAAGGCUCGUUCCAACGGCCUGCCGGUUGUUUGGAAUUACGGGUGUGCUGAAUUUUGA